AAACCAAAACCCACCCCAAAGGCUCACUCACCUCACCUGCGAAACACUCCACUCUACAUUACAACACAGUAUUCUCUCUAUUUCUAUUUUUCUUUUUUCUUUUUUUCUUUUUAGCACCUACUUCCCCUUUCUCUUUCUCUCUCUGCAUCGCUAUUCUAUUUCUCUCCCUCACUCACUGUUCCUCCCCCAAAUGCCGAAUCUGAACCACACCUACUGAUCUACACUGUGGAAGACAAGCCCAACAUUUCAGCUUUUGGGGGAAGAGCAAACGGAAACCCUCAUAAGAGAGGCAAUGUGAGAGAGAGAAAGUUGCUCUUUUUUUUUUUUUCUCAGGAGGUUUCGGAAAUGGUGGCUGCCAUUUCGGAAGACCCAUUGACCUCUUCUAAUGGCACCAUCCCCAGAAGACCAAAGGGUAGGCAAGUUUCUUCAAGGUACAUGUCUCACUCACCUUCACCUUCUUCAACCACAACUACAACAACAACUACUUCAACUUCAACUUCAACAUCUACAACAAGUUCUUCUUCUCGUCGAUUCCCUUCCCCUCUUCUCUCGCAUUCCACCAAUUCCUCCACCCCUUUGCUCCCAAAGCGUUCCCAAUCGGUGGACCGCCGCCGCCCGCGCCCGGCGACGCCGCUUCCCGAGGCGGCGAAGCUUCUCGUGACUUCCACUAGGAGCCUGUCGGUUUCCUUUCAAGGAGAGGCCUUUUCGCUGCCCGUUAGCAAGACCAAGGCCGCCAGCGCCACCCCGACGCCGAGGAAGGCCGCCACGCCGGAGAGACGGAGGGCCACUCCGGUGAAAGGGGAGAAUUCCCGGCCGGCGGAUCAGCACCGGUGGCCGGCGAGGACCCGGCAUGUGGAUCAUCUCUCCAAGAGUGUGGAUAUAAUUGAUAAUAAGAAGAAGGUUGUUGGAAAUGGGAAUGGGAAUGGGUUUGGGAAAGUGGUGAGGGCUUUGCAGCAAUCAAUGGUGGUGGAGGGUGAGAAGAGAAGAGCUUCUUUUGAUGGGUUAGGAGGGUUGAGUUUGGAUUUGGGGAAAGCUGAGUUGCUGAAGGGUAAUAUUAAUGCUAAUAAUCAUAAUAAGUCUUCAUUGGCUUCUGAUCUCACUGCUUCUGAUACUGAUAGUGUUUCCUCUGGGAGCACGUCAGGAGCACAUGACUCUUCUGGGGCUGCCAAGGGCACUAAGGAGCCUCGUGGCAUUGUUGUGUCUGCCAGGUUUUGGCAGGAAACUAACAGCAGGCUGCGCCGCCUUCAGGAUCCCGGUUCGCCCUUGUCGACCAGCCCUGCUUCUAGGAUUGGGGUGCCAAAUAGGAAUGCUCAGUUGAAAAGGUAUAAUAGUGAUGGUCCCAUGUUGUCGCCGCGAACCAUGGCUUCUCCUGUCAGGGGGAAUGUGAAUGCUCGGCCUGCUUCGCCGAGUAAGCUUUGGGCGGGAUCAUCCCCGUCAAGGGGGGUUAGUCCUGCUAGGGUGAGAAGCACGGUUGCUAGUUCUAUCAAUAGUGGUUCGGGUAACACACCCUCGAUUCUUAGCUUCUCUGCUGAUGUGCGGAGAGGGAAGAUUGGGGAAGAUCGGAUAUUUGAUGCGCAUACGUUGAGGCUUCUGUAUAACCGGUAUGUGCAGUGGCGGUUCGUGAAUGCAAGGGCAGAUGCUACGUUUAUGGUGCAGAAACUGAAUGCUGAGAGACAUUUGUGGAAUGCAUGGGUAACAAUCUCAGAACUCCGGCAUUCAGUCAUACUUAAAAGAAUCAAGCUUGUGUUAAUGAGGCAAAAGUUGAAGUUAACUUCCAUUCUAAAAGGACAGAUUUCUUAUUUGGAGGAAUGGGCCCUUCUGGAUAGAGAUCACUCCACUUCUUUGCUUGGAGCAACUGAAGCUUUGAAGGCCAGUACCCUCCGUCUUCCAGUUGUUGAAAAAGCAAUAGCUGAUGUACCAAAUCUAAAGGAUGCUUUGGGGUCAGCAGUUGAUGUGAUGCAGGCAAUGGCAUCCUCGAUAUACUCUCUUUCUUCAAAGCAGGUGGAAGAAACUAACUGCUUGGUGGCAGAAAUCCUAAAGGUGACCUCAAAAGAAAGGUUUUUGCUUGAACAUUGCAAGGAGUUUUUGUCCUCGUUAGCAGCCAUGCAGGUCAAGGAUUGUAGCUUAAGAACGCAUAUGUUACAACUUUCUCGUGUGCCAACUUCCAGCUGCCUGACAACACGUGUGUAGAACUGAUCUUAUUUGACAACUCACUCUUAAUGCUAACACUACUCCAAGCCUUUUAUUUUCCACAGGGUGGAGAUAUAACACAGAAGGUAAUAAGAAUGGAAUGGGCUUAAUAGCUGGCUUUUGGUGUUCAUUUGACAUUUUUGAAACCUGUUGUGGUCUUGUAUGUCGUGUGUAGUAUAUCUUUGUGUCUGAAUAUUACAAUUUACAAAGGAAAAGAGGUGGCUUUUCACUCACUAGUUAGCUAGCUGUAUACAAUUACCUUGUCAUUUGAGGAAAAGCGAGUGGCUAUGUAUAUAUCUAUAUGUAAUCAACUAAUCAUUUGUUUGUUAGGUAGUUUGUCGCUUAGAUCUUCAUUUGAAUCCCUGGUAUACGUCUGUAUUGUAUUUUGUCACUAUAGCUUUAGCAAUCAGAGACAUGACUUUUACUUAUUUGUGAGGGACUGUCAAAUUGCUAGCUGGUGGGAGAAUAGAUGUUUGAAGAUGUGUUUAUGAUCUUUGUUGUUGUAAUUAAGUGAAACGUGAUCAUCAUAGCACAGAACCGUCUGUUUAAGUGAAGAAAGCAAAUAUAGGCUUUGCUUCAACAUGAUCACAUUAAGCCUUUCA